UGUCUGCGGGGUUGGGCGGCUGACCGCCCAGAUAGGAGCAGGCCCAGUGCCCCAAAUCUUGGUGGCCAGUGCUGGAGCGCGGCCUGCGCCGUGGCCACCUCCGCCGCCUCCUCAGAGCAUUUCGAGAAACUUCACGAGAUCUUCCGCGGUCUCCAAGAAGACCUGCGAGGGGUGCUGGAGCGGCUCCUAGGGAUGGCCGGGACGGAAAAGAAGAAGCUGAUCAGAGAUUUUGAUGAAAAGCAACAAGAAGCAAAUGAAACGCUGGCAGAGAUGGAAGAGGAACUACGUUAUGCACCCCUCUCUUUCCGUAACCCUAUGAUGUCUAAACUCCGAACCUACCGGAAGGACCUUGCCAAACUCCAUCGGGAAGUGAGAAGCACCCCUUUGACAACCACACCUGGGGGCCGAGGAGACAUGAAAUAUGGCUCAUAUGCUGUAGAGAAUGAGCACAUGAACCGGUUACAGUCUCAAAGGGCAUUGCUUCUACAAGGCACAGACAGCCUGAACCGGGCCACACAGAGCGUUGAGCGUUCUCAUCAGAUUGCCACAGAGACUGACCAGAUUGGCUCAGAAAUCAUAGAAGAGCUGGGAGAACAACGUGAACAGUUGGAACGUACUAAGAAUAGGCUGGUAAACACAAGUGAAAACUUGAGCAAAAGUCGAAAGAUUCUCUGUUCAAUGUCCAGAAAAGUGACAACCAACAAGCUGCUACUUUCCAUCGUCAUCAUACUGGAGCUGGCCAUCCUAGGGGGCCUGGUGUACUACAAAUUCUUUCACAAGCACUGAAUUUCCUAGAGGGAAGGGUUUGUGGACCAGAACUUUGACCCUGUGAAUGAAUGGUGUUAAAGAUGAGGAAUAAGCAUAGUGCUGCUCUGAGGUAAUGGUUCGAGGAUGCCCUGUGUAGCCAGACCGUGGGAGGUGGGAGGGAA